AUUUUAUCAAGUUGCUAAUAAUAAUAAUAAUAAUAAUAAUAAUGUCGUAUCAGAUAUAAAAAAAAACUUUCUGCUAGUUAGACAACAAGUCUAACAGCAAACCAACGCUCAUCGUUCAAACUUAGUCAAAUGUUAUUCUUUUUCUUUUCAGGAAGUAAAGAGUACCAGUCUUCCAAUAACAUUUAACAUGAAAGUAAUAUAGACAAAAUAUAGGUAAAUACUUGUUUGUUCAAAGAUCAGAAUAAGAACAGAAAAUAAUUUCUAAUUUAAAUAAGAAGAACAUAUUUUCCAUUAGUAGUAGAAUUUGAUGUAUAAAUAAUUGUAAUGGAUUCUAAUAAAAAUAAUAAGAGUUUGUUACUGAAACAAAGGAAAUCUUCAAGUUUUGAUGGUGGCGCAAGCUUAAAUUGUUCAUCUAAUUUACCAUAUAAUUGUUCAACUACUAACAAUAUGAAUGCUAAUAAAUAUGGACAAACUGUUUCUGUAAAAGAAUAUGAGGAACAAUUAGAAACAUUGAGAACUGAAAAUUAUAAUUUACGUUUAAGAAUAUAUAUUAUGGAAGAAAAAUACAACAAUGAAAAACACUUGACUGAAAAUGAAAUCCUUCCUAUAAAAAAUUUUGAAGAUAAAAAAAGCCAACCUGAUUUAAGCAUAUACAAUUCCGACAAUGAUCAAGAUUUAAAAAAUUUAGAACAAAUCUCAAAAGAGCAUAAAUGUAAUAAUAUUAAUAUUAAAGCAUUUAAAACAAUACAAGAUUUAUUGAAUGUUAACAAAAGAAUAAUGAAAAUAAAUUGUCAACUGAAAAAACAGCUUGAAACAGGGCAGUCAUCAAACAAUUCUUGUAAGGAUUCUUUGAAAAGUCCAUUAUUAGAAGAUAUAACUGGAAAUAGCUCCAAAAACAAUGAGGAGUUGAUAAAGGAACCUAACAAAUAUUGUAAUGAAAUUUCUGACUUAAAAAGUGAGUUGAAUAAAAAACACAUUGAAAUCUGUCAACUUCAGUCUCAACUGGAUUCUUUAAAAUUACUAGAAUCUGAUGAAAUUAUUUCAUUGAGAUCAAAAUUAGUUUUAAAAAAUAAAGAAGUGGAAGAUCUGAAUCAACAAGUUAAAAAACUUCACCAUAAUCUUCAAGAACUAGUCAAUACAGAACUUUGGGAAAAAAAUAAAGAAAUUUCUAAGUUAAUAUUAAAAGAAGCAAAAAGAAAACAAUUUUUUUGUUCUUUAAACAAAUCUAGUAACACUCCUAUUAAUGAAGGUUGUAAAGUAAUUUAUAAUUCUAGUCAAACUAAUGAAAAUGAAACUAGUCAACAGUUAUUAUCUUAUUCUGAAGUUAAUCAACUUAUUGAAAAAAUAGGAAAUUUAUCAACCAUGCUCCAAACAAAUGAUAGUGUUACUUCAACUGUUAAUUAUGAACAGUUGAAAAAUAGGUACAUUCAAGUUGUGGAAGAAUUAGAGGCAAUGAAAUGGAAACAAAAAGAAACUUCAAAAUCGUAUUCUGCAUUAGCUUCUCAUCUUGAUGAACUCUCUGUGUUCUUAGAUGUAAUAAGCACAAAUUUUUCAGAAUCAAAAAAAUUAAAAAAUGAAUUAGACAGAAUGAUUAAAAGUAAUAAGGAAUUUUCAAAAUCAUUGACUGAAUUAUUAUUUAAGGGGAGUGAUUCAAAUAUAACUCAUGUUCCUGUAUUACCAGAUUAUUCAGAAAUAAAUUUCUUUAGUUGUGAUGAAAUUUCACCAUCUGAAGAAUUAAUUAUUAAUACUAAACAUACUUCAAAUAUUUUUGAUAAACACUUUGGUAAUGAUUCAUUAGAAAAAAACAACCAAAAUUCUGAUAAUUUAACUUUGAGUAAUAACCAAAAUAGAAAAGAAAAUAUGAAUGAAGAUAAUGAAUCUGAUAACUGGUCAGAACCUGAUAAGUAUGUGUCAUCUACUCGUAUUGGAUUGACUGAUCUCUCUACCAUUCCUAACACUAUUAGUGAUUCUUCUGAAGAUGAUUUAAAAGAAAAUGAGGAAAUUAUUCACCAUAAAGAAUAUCUUAGAAGACAGUGUAAUAGUAAUCGAGUAUCCAUAAAGAUAACAAAAGAAGAAUAUAAAAGGCUCAAAUCUGCUCUACAAUUUUUCACAAAAUACUCAGAAAUGCUUUUCCAAAAUAGUGCAUGUGAAAGGAAUAUGGAAAAACUUGUUCUUGUUAAUGCUUACCUAAGAGAAAUAAAUGAUAAAAAUAUGGAGAAAAUUAAACGACUAGUCUCCCAAGUUAAUAAUUUGAAGACUAAAAAUAUUCAAUUACAAUUUUCUAGUGAUAAUGUUUUAUUGAAUCAAAAUAUUGCUUUGGAUGAUCAAAAGUGUGCUGUAUCACUAAGUGAUAUACAUUAUUAUUCAGAUCAAAUGGCAGAACAACAAAAAGCUGAAAAUAUUCUUCUGAACACACAAUUGGAGGAGUCUAGAUUUAAAUUAGAGCAGAUGAAGCAACAGCUAGAAACUUGUCGCAUUACUGAAAAGGAAUUAGUAGAAUUUAAAGAAACCUACUGUAAAGAACUCAAGAUAAUGUUAGAUGCUGAAAUGCAAAAUAAAUUUGAUAUUUUCAGCAGGAAUUAUGAAAUUCUUAGUACAUUAGUGGAAAAAACAAUGGCAAAAAUAAAAAAAUUAGAAGAUAUGGUAAAAGAGAUUUCAACAAACUUUGAUAGUAUUGAAGAGAGCCAAUCAGAAGUCUCUAGACUUACGAAUGAAUUACAAAUUGUUAAAAAAGACUUAGAAAUGAAGAAUGUUAUAACUAGAGAAUAUGAAGGAGAGUUAAAAAGUGUAACAGAAUUAUUGAAAUCUACACAGUGUCAAAAUGAAGAAUCCUUAAAUAGUGUUUCAUAUUUAAAUGAUGUAAUUACAUGUAAAUCUAAACUGAUAGAUGCAUAUCAAGAUCAAAGAAAAACUUUAGAGAGUAAAAUGGCAGAACUUGAAACUGAAUUAAAUGAAACUCUUAAUGCAUUAAGUAUGCGAGAGAGAGAAAACAAAGAGUUGUAUUUAAUUUUACUUCAGUAUGAAAAAGAAAAAGAAAAAAUAAACAAUGAUUCUAUAGCUUAUGUAAAAGAAAUGAACCAAAUUAAAGAAGAACAUAGACAUGAAAUAUUGAUGCUCACCAAACAACUUUAUGAGUAUAAAAAAGAAGAAGAAGGAAAUUUUGCAAUGCAUAUGAAUGUUUUGGAUGAAUUACCCAAACAAAUAGAACUUUUAAAACUAAAUAAACAAAAGUGGCAGGAAAUGUUUGAAAAAUCUGAAAAUGAUAAGAAUCACUUUAAGAGUAUGCUUGAGCUUAUUUUGAAUUUAAGUGAUUCAAAAUCUCAAUGUUUCACUACAGAUUCAACUUUGAAAAAUCAAAAGGAUCCUGUUGAUCAAGUAUUUUAAAUUGUGUUUCUACUUAUAGCACAUUUCAACAUUGACUUAGAUCUUAAAUAUUUCAUUUAAUAUUUAAAAAAAAAUUUUAAAUACUUUAACACCAUAAAAAUAAUAAUCUUAAAUGUCUUGCCUUAGUCAAUUAUCCUAAUUAUUUAACUUAGAAUGGAUUGUUUUUACUAGUAAUUAAAAAAUUAAAAUUAUUUUCAUAGAAUUUUAUUUUUAAUUAUGAUAGAAUGAUAAGAACUAUCAUAACUAACAAAAUUAACAAAUCUUGUAUAGGUUUGCUAUCAAAAAUUAAUUACACUUGUUAUAAAUCUAUAUACAUAAAAUAAGUAACUGUUGCCAAAGAUUUGUGCCAAUUUUUAUAAUAAAUUAAACUAAUUGAUUGAAUUUUUAUAUAAUAUUAUUGUUGCCAAUGACUUUUUUUAUUU